AUGCGCGCUGGCGCUGCGUCGGUUGUGUUUGAAAAGCCGUCGUCUGCCUCCGGAGCGGGGACCACGGCGACGGGGUCCCCGCCGCCGUCUGCUCCGAAGCCCGUGACAAUAGACGCUGAAAAGGCUCUUCCCCUCGUAUCCGUGGGUCCCCAUGACGUGAGCGAGGCUGGCCUGUCGGCCCCGGUUGUUGCUCCUCCUGCUCCGCCUGUCGCUCCUGUUCCCCCUGCUCCCGUUGUUGCGCCAGCCGCGUCUGCUCCUGCUGGGGGAGUUGCUGUUCCCCCUGUCCCUGUCCCUGGCACCCCCGUUGCACCUGCCGUUUCUGUUCCUGGCGAGCUUGCGUCGGCGUCUGUUUCUUCCCCGAAGGCGGCGUCCGCCACCACUGACGGCCCGGCUCCGAUGGUUGCGCCUCCAGGCGUGGGCCAGCCUGCUCCCGCUCUGCUGUCGGCGGCCCCUCGGGAGGUGUCGCGUGCCGUGCGCGAGGAGAGGGCGGCGCAGAGCCAGAGCAGUUCACUACGGGCCGCGCCAGCGCACGUGGCUCCUCGUCAGACUGGGCCUCCCAUGGACCCUCCGCCAGCUGCUGCCUUUCCUCCUCCUGUCCUCGCCCCAUCGGCUCCUUCUCCUUCUUUUUCGGCGCCUGCUCCCGGCUCUCGUCUGCAUCUGCCACCGGUUCCGCCUGUUGCGGGAGUGGAGUUUGUUGCUGCGGGGGGUGGCGCUACGGCUCAGCCGUCCCACGUCGUUGCUGCUGAUGAGCCGAAACUGUUUCUGACGGAAGCGCUGCAGCCUCCGCAGACGCGUGUUCCAGAGGCGACCCUCGGCCAGAGCCUCCACGCGCUGCUUCUGAUUCAGGUGCUCGCGCACUCAUCCCUCCCCGUGAUUCCUCCUGACACUUUCCGCGGCCACCAGCGUGACACGUAUUUGGACGCGGCAGACCAGCUCACAGCGUUGCUGGCGCCCGUCUUGGCUGCGCCCGCGGAGGGUGGCGCUGCUGCUGCGAGACAGCUGGACGAGGCUCGGGAGUUCGUUAAGGAGGAGCGCCGCCUGGGUGAAGCUCGCCGUGAAGCCGUAAAUCCCCUCAACGAGGGGGUCCGUUACGCCCAGGCCUCCUAG